ACUCCAACUCCAGCACAGAGCGAAUAUCACAAAAAUUGCCUGCCAAUUCUUUCGCUCUCUCGAGAACGUCAAUAAAGAGGAAACACAUAAAAUACGGUGGACAGGUAAACAGGAAGUGGCGAAAAAAAUCUUAAAAUACGGCAACGCUGGCAACAUUGACAACAGCUGCAGCGAAUUAUUACAGUAACUACAAGACACAGCCACCACAUUCAGCAUUCAGAGCGAUAGUUGUUAGCGUCGAGUGCCGUUAAACCUGCUGCCGCCGCCGCAGCCGCUGCCAGACAUAAGCAGCAGCAGCGCAGCAGUGGGCAGCGAUGAGUACCCAGCAGGAACAACAGUAGUGACGUUACCCCAACUGCCUAAGAAAUCGCUACUGUGAGACUGCAAGAGACACAGAGUGUCUGGAGAGAGGAGAGUAAGGGAGUGCAGCUGUUAUAGGAGAGAAAAAGUAGGUUUUCACAAGUGUAAGCAGCGGAGGUGGGGGGUAGCAACCUAAUGCAAAACAAUAUGGUGAGCAUACCAGCGGCCAAUUUGAACGGUGGCCUCAAGGCAUCCAACGGCAGCGGCACCGUCGUUGGCGUCGGCGUCGCCGGAACAGUGCUGGCCAAUGGGCAGCGCGUAUUCCUAACGCCCGCGUCCAGCUAUCAUUUAGCCGCACGGCAAGCAACGGUCAGCGGGUCUGUGACCUCUAGCAUGGGCAUGGGCAUGGUGUCCACGUCCAAAGGCGCCAGCAGCAGCAGUCUCGGCGGUGUCGGCGGUGGCAGCAACGCGACUGUGGCAUCAUCGACGAGCACGACGGCGGGUACUGUGCGCUAUUUCUCGCAGUUUAGCAAGCUGCAGCCGGUGCAGCAACUGCAGAACAGUGCUGGGCAACUAAAGCUGCUCAAUGGCGAUACGAUGGUGUUAGUCAACGGCACGAAACCGCUCAUCUUCGCCAGUCCCAAUAGCAAGUUGCUGACAACAACAACGGCAACAACAAUAAGUGCAUCAUCAGCAGAGGCAACAACUACGGCAACUGCAACAACAACCGCAGCAACAACAACAGUUCCUAAUGGUAACAGGGUGUUAAUGAACAAGCAGCAACAACUACAGAUACAACAACAACAACAACAACAGCCAGCGACUGUGAUUGAUGAGGCGCAGCAUGGGGAGCCGCAGCUGGAAGAUGACGGCGAUAUAAUCCAGAUCAAGCAGGAGGAUGGUCAGCAACCACAACAGCAACAGCAGGGUGAUCCAAUGGCCGCCAGCAAAGCCACCGAUCCGGAUGCCGAGCCGGAGCUGGAUAUAGUGAUUAACAAUGUGGUGUGCUCUUUCAGUGUGCGUUGCCAUCUAAAGCUGCGGGAGAUCGCGCUGAAUGGUUCCAAUGUGGAGUAUAGGCGGGAGAACGGAAUGGUCACCAUGAAGCUGCGUCGUCCCUAUACAACGGCCUCCAUUUGGUCAUCUGGCCGAAUUACGUGUACGGGCGCCACCUCUGAGUCGCAGGCCAAGAUCGCAGCUCGGCGCUAUGCGCGCUGCCUAAGCAAACUCGGAUUCCCGACCCACUUUCAGAACUUUCGCAUUGUGAAUGUACUCGGCACCUGCAGCAUGCCCUGGGCUAUCAAGAUAGUCAAUUUUUCGGAGCGCCAUCGCGACAAUGCCAGCUAUGAGCCGGAACUGCAUCCGGGCGUGACGUACAAGAUGCGCGAGCCCAAGGCCACGCUUAAGAUCUUCUCCACGGGCAGCAUAACGGUAACAGCCGCCAGCGUGAACGACGUCGAAUCCGCCAUACAGCAUAUAUAUCCCUUGGUGCACGAGUUCCGAAAGCAGCGCUCUGCAGAGGAGUUGCAGCAACUGCGUCAAAAGAAUCGUGCCGGCGAGGAGCUCAGCGAACAGGAGCAGCAGCUGGCAUCGGAGGGCAAGAGCCAGGACAAGGAUGAUGAGUUUUUGAACCCCAGCGCAACACACUCGGAGGCCGGCAGCACCCUCUACUCAAGUUCCCCGUAUGCGACCCGUCGCACAGAGCAGGUAACCAGCAGCAGCACCAGCAGUGGCGGUGACAACAUUUGUGCUAACGCACGUCGCCGGGCUACCGAGUGCUGGGCCACCAAGCUGCAGAACAAACGCCCGCGCUACAACGAUCCGGGGUCGACGACAACCGCCUCCGCCGGUCACAUGGGUCGCGCUGGGAGCAGCAACUGCAGCAGCAUCAGCAUCAAUAAACAAAGGACGGCGAAUUCAAAAUCCAAAUCAAAUAUUUACUAUAACAAAAACAAAAACGAAAAAAACAAGAGCCAAAUAUUUAUAUUUAAGAUUACGUUUAGACAGAGCAAUGUACGUAGUUGACAUUUGACGUACAGCGAGACUACAGACGCGGCGAUUAAAUUGAUCAGCUUCUGCGAGAUGGUAUAAAUUAAUUUUACCAUAUGCAUGUUCACAUACACACAUAUAUAGACUAAAUGUAACAAAUAUCAGCAAAUGUGUGCGACACACAUACGUAUAAAUAAAUACAUAUGUCAUUUACAUAUACGUAUUGAAACCCUCAAUAACUGCAAUUACGAUGAUAAUCUGCAACAGCGACUCGAACUCAAUGGAACAAGUGAAACUGGAACUUAAGCAACUAUUACACACAAACAAAC